GGUGCAGCCCCAUUAAGAAACGAUCGACGCACGCGGUCACAUGUUAGCGCGCGCUUAAUACAUGCGUACUUGCCGUGUAUUCCAUUCCGUACGAUUCGUUAACGCGAGGCGUUCGUUACCUCAUCGGUGUCCUCGUGACGAACGAUUAUACGAGUAUCGAACGCCGUAUCGACGACGCAACGUGUUUGGCGGCCAGUGGGGCGGCACGAAGUAGAAAAAGGAAGAGGAGGAGAGAGAAAGGCAGGAACGCGAGAAGAAAAUAUCGUGGCGACGGAUUGGAGUGCGCUUAACGAGCGAGUAACUCUCCUUCCUCGCGAUCAUGGAUAAGGACGACUACGAGAGCCUGCCGACCAAUUCGGUGGCCGUGCACAUGACAGCCGGUGCCGUGGCCGGGAUCAUGGAGCAUUGCAUCAUGUACCCGUUUGACAGCGUCAAGACAAGAAUGCAGGCGUUAAUUCCCGGUCCAGGAGGAGGAACAAAAGUAGGGCAAGUAUUGUACAAAAUGAUGAAACAAGAAGGUAUAUUCAGGCCAAUUAGAGGUGUGAGUGCAGUAGUUGCCGGAGCUGGACCUGCACAUGCUUUAUAUUUUUCUUGUUAUGAGUGUCUUAAAGAAAAAUUCAAGAGUACGAGGUCCCAAUUUAAUCAUCUUGUCUAUGGUGCAGCUGGUUGCGUAGCAACAAUUUUACAUGAUGGUGUCAUGAAUCCAGCAGAAGUUGUAAAACAGCGACUACAGAUGUAUAAGUCUCCCUAUAGAGAUGUAUGGAGUUGUGUACAGCAUGUGUAUCAGAAAGAAGGGAUAUUUGCAUUCUACAGAAGUUACACAACUCAAUUGGCUAUGAAUGUGCCUUUUCAAAGUAUUCAUUUUAUUUCAUAUGAAUUUGUACAAUCCAUUACAAAUCCGGAUCAUGGUUACAAUCCAGUAGCACACAUAGCAUCUGGUGCGGCAGCAGGUGCGAUCGCGGCUGCAGCGACAACUCCUCUAGACGUUUGCAAGACAGUGUUGAAUACUCAGCAAGACGGCGUACAUGCUCAGGGUAUGAUGGAUGCAUUUAGACAAGUCUACAGGCAUGGCGGUAUAAAAGGAUACUUUCGUGGAUUACGCGCACGUGUUUUAUUCCAAGCACCAGCUACUGCCAUUUGUUGGGUGAUAUACGAAUCAUUCAAAUACGUGUUACAUAACAAGCAAAAUGACGAGUACAGUGAUUCCGAGACCGACAGUGGUAUGACUGGAAUUAAUCAAAAUCCGACAUCGAGAUCCAACAGCUUUCAAGGAACAGGUCUGUACUUUAACAACCAUGCUUCAUCACCUGUAUUACUUAAAGUGACUACGAGUUAGAUAUGUAAGACAAAUCACACUAUUGGUCGAUUAAAAAAUAGAGAAAGCUCUUUCACUACCCGAAAAAGUUGAUAAUAGAAAUUUUUUUCUUUAUAAGAAUGUAACAAUGAAUAACAAAGAUAUUUGACAAAGAUAUUUUGUUGAUUGAUAUUUUAAUUUUUACAUCGUUACAGCAGCAUUUUUAUAAACGAAUAAAAGUCGCGAAGAGAAAUAAAUAUGAUGCUAGAAAAAGACAAUAUUGCGCAAAAGCAUUGAAUGUGGGCAUAUAUUAAGUUAAUAUAUGCCAAUAAACUUAUUGAAUGACUGCACAAAAUGAUUACUUCGUACAAUGGCGUUAAUAAUGUAGCUUUUUUAUUUUAUUUCUUGAUUCCUUUGAUUAUAGAAUGAAAAUGAUAAUUUUUAAAAG